AUGCAGUUCACAUUCUACUCGCCAAGCAAAGCCAUCUGUCCUGUUCUUCCCACUUCUGGAGUACAGUCUGACUUCUUCCCCAAGGGGGCCCAAUGUGACCUGCCCGUGGAGUCCAUGGGGUCCGAUAGUAACAGCCAGAUCAUCAAGUCAGUGAAGGAAAUAGCAGUAUUGCCCUGUGACUACAACGUUCCUGAUAAUCAACUUAAGAAUUUUCGAAUCUACUGGCAAACGAAUGAGGAAGUGGUGUUAACAAUCAUGUCUGGAAAAGUUUCUAAGGAACCCAAGUACUUGAACCGGACCCUUGUAGACAUUCCCAGAAACCUUUCCAUCAUCAUCCUGAAUUUGCGCCCGUCAGACACGGGCACAUACACCUGUGUUGUGCUGAAGAAUGAAAAAGGAUAUUUCAAGCGGGAACACCUUGUUUCAGUGGAUUUAUUAGUAAGAGCAGACUUCCAUGAUCCUGUUAUAAAUGAGUUGGAAAGCACAUCUAAUGGCAUUAAAAAGAUACUUUGUUCAACUUCUGGAGGCUUUCCAAAACCUCACCUCUCCUGGUUGGAAAAUGGAGAAGAAUUAACUGCAGGCAAAACUAUAAUUGUUCCAGAUCUUGAAACUGAACUCUACACAAUCAGCAGUGAGCUCCUUUUCAAUGUUACCAGAAACCACACAUUAGUCUGUCUAAUCAACUAUGGAGACAAACAAGUGUCAAAGAAUAUCUCCUUGGUGAUGAAUAUAAUGAUGAACUUACGGCUUUUCCAGAUAAACAGAAAGGAAGGGAACUGGCUAAAACUAGAACAACCUUAUAAGAAAUACUAA